UAACCCCCACCCCAUUUCAUACUCUCUCUCUCUCUCAUAUAUAUUUCUACGAAAUUCUCCUGAGAAGUAUUCUGUUGAAUUCUCUCACACACACAUACUCCAUGAUACUCUCCCUCUCUCUGUAUGAUUCACCAUCACCACUGAUUUAACAGCUUUCUUCUGUGCAGAUGGCACUGCCAAUUGAUAAGCAAAAGCGUUUGAGCAGAUACACAAGUAUUGAAAAACAUAACUCUCCAACAAAUCUUUCGACAGUUGCUUGUGGAAGAAAAAAUCUGGCGUUUGCAGAAUUUAAUGAAGUGACGAGAAAAAAUAAUGUGGAAUCAUUUCCUGAAAGUAGCAACUGUCUAGAAAAGGGAGCAACAAGAAUUGGGAAAAUCAAACGUUUCCGAGCAAGGAGAGAUUUAUCGGCUCAUGGAAAAAGAAUAGUGGAAAAGGAAUCAUCAAGUGGUUGUGAAGAUGAAGAAGAUAGAGAAGGAAGUGGUUGUUCUUUGGAUAUUAAAAUACAUGAUUUGAAUGAACAAGAUAGUUUGUGUGAUAUAAAGAUAACAAAAAAGUGUCGUGAUACACAUAAUAAGAAGAUAUAUGAAGGCGGCUUUGAUUAUGGUUAUUGGAAAGGAAGUGAUGAUGAUGAGAUCAUCACGUCAGUUAAGCUGAAGAAAGUUAACAACGAUACUAAAAAGAUAAAGGUAAAAGGAGUCGAUGGUCUAAAUAGUAUUAAGACUAAAAGUAGUGAUGCUGAUGAGAUUAAGAUGAAAAAAUUUGGUGAUGCAAAUGUGGUCCAGAAAAAAGGAAUUCCAGAGAAAAGUACAGUAGGGCAAAGUGUAAAGUUUGGAAAAUCAUCUCUCUGCAACUUAUCAUCUUCUUCCCGCGAUUCUUGUUUUCCAACAUCUAUUGUUGAAGGUGAUAGGGAUGCCAUGGGAAAGAAUAUAAUGAAUAUUACAAUGAAAUCCUGUCACCAAUGCAUGAGACCAGUGAGAAGGAUUAUUAUACCCUGCCAGAGAUGCAGAAGGAAAUAUUAUUGUAUUCAAUGUAUAAAGAACUGGUAUCCUCAAUUGUCUGAAGAAGAGAUUGCAGAGGCGUGCCCCUUUUGCCGUGGAAACUGCAAUUGCAACACAUGCUUACACUCAAGUGGCAUGAUAAAGAUGUCAAAAUUAUGUUACACUGAUCGCGAGAAGUUGCAACAUCUUCAGUAUUUGAUCAAUGCACUUCUACCAUUUGUAAAGGAUAUUUGUGAGGAUCAAGAUAACGAGAUAACGUUGGAGUCUGUUUCUAGAGGUGUCCUAGCCUCUUUAGUUAAACCUGAGCAAGCCUACUGUCACAAUGAGGAGCGCGUGUAUUGUAACCUUUGUGCAACUUCAAUCAUUGAUUUUCAUCGUAGUUGCCCCAAGUGCUCUUAUGAGCUUUGCCUUCAUUGUUGCUGGGAGAUACGAAAUGGUGAGAUUUUGGGUGGUCAGAGAAAAGUGAGUUUUCAGUAUGUGUAUAAAGGCACUGAUUAUAUCCAUGGUGGUGACCCCCUAUCAGAAUCUUGUUAUGUGAAUACUUCAAAGGAUCAAACUGAGAAGCUUACUAAAUGGGUUGCUGAACAAGAUGGAAGCAUCAGAUGUCCACCAAAAGAUAUAGGAGGAUGUGGUUGUUGUCUGUUAGAGCUCAAGCGGCUCCUACCAGAAGAUUGUAUAUCAAGUUUGGAAAGAAGAGCAGAAAUGAUCCGAAGUAAAUAUGGAACUGUUUCAGAUAUAUGCAAGGCAGUUUGUGAUAAAACUGGUAGUGAGCCCUCAUGUAGAGCAGCUAUGAGACGAGGAACCAAUGACAACUUUCUGUACUGUCCAUCCAUGAGAGAUAUCCAAAUGAAAGAACAUAUUAUGCGCUUCCGUAGCCACUGGGCUUUAGGUGAACCAGUCAUAGUACGUAAUGUUCUGGAACAAACAUCUGGCUUGAGUUGGGAGCCUAUGGUUAUGUGGCGUGCAUUAUGCGAAAAUUCGAAUUCAGAAGUGAAUACAGAUAUGUCUAAAUUGAAGGCUAUUGACUGUCUUGCUGGUUGUGAGGUUGAGAUUAAUACUCGCGAGUUUUUUGAAGGUUAUAUUAGAGGAAGAACAUAUGCAAAUUUUUGGCCCGAGAUGCUCAAAUUAAAAGACUGGCCGCCAUCAGAUAAGUUUGAGAAUCUACUACCUCGCCAUUGUGAUGAAUUUAUUAGUGCAUUGCCCUUCCAGAUAUACACAAAUCCUAUAGAUGGUUUUCUCAAUCUUGCUGUUAAGUUGCCUCCUACUUUGCUUAAACCUGAUUUGGGUCCAAAGACUUAUAUUGCAUAUGGCAUUGCCGAAGAGCUUGGGCGAGGGGAUUCGGUAACUAAGCUUCAUUGUGAUAUGGCAGAUGCGGUAAAUAUAUUGACACACACUGCAGAUAUAGAGUUAAGUGAUGAGAAAAGAUAUGCUAUGGAAAGGUUAAAAGACAUUCACAAAGCUCAAGAUGAACGAGAACGCCUUCAGCGAGAGAACUUUAUAUUUACCCAUAGUAGUGGUUUCAGCACGAGCACACAUGACUGCAUGAUUCCAGAAACUGAACAGCACAAGAAUGAUGCAGAUGUUAUUUCUCCAAUUAGUGCAGUAUGUUGGUCAAAUGAUAUGAGUAAUCAGAGCAAGAAUCCAUUUGACGGUAAUGUAAAUGAACUUUCGAAAGAAAUGAAUCACUCUGAACUACAUUCAUCUCAUCUUCAAUCAGUUGAAACUGGAGGGGCCCUUUGGGACAUUUUCCGCAGAGUAGAUGUACCCAUAUUAGAAGAGUAUCUUGUAAAGCAUUCUAAAGAAUUUAGACAUACUUAUUGUUGUCCUGUUGAUCAGGUCUAUCAUCCAAUUCAUGACCAAUCCUUCUACUUGACUUCAGAGCAUAAAAGGAAGUUAAAGGAUGAAUAUGGAAUAGAACCCUGGACUUUUGUGCAAAACCUUGGAGAUGCAGUGUUUAUUCCAGCAGGAUGCCCACACCAAGUUCGAAACCUUAAGUAUAUUUGCAGCCGAACCUGAUCUUAGGACCCUAACGAUUCGCAGGUAUACGAAGGUGACUAUUUUAAAUAUAUUUUUCUCCAAUUAAAAUGUCUUUGGUCACUUGGAUUUGACUUAUUAGACAUAUAGUCCAUAACAUCAAAUUACUGUCAAAAUCACAUUAUACUGUAAAAGUUGAACUAGUUACGAAAUGAACUCUAAUCCAUUUUAUCACCUUAAAUUACACUAAAACAUUCUUUUGUCUAAAAGAAAAUAUUUUCUUAACUUUUUCAGAAGUAAUUAUUUUGUUGGGUUAUGAUAGGAUAUAAAUUUGACAUGUAGGGAAAAAAUUUGUUUUAUUAAGGUACAUGAGGGUAAUAUAUGAAAUGUUAAAAAUUGUCAUUUGAGGUAUAACUUGCUCAAGAUUAUUAUUUAAAACCAACUUUUGUGUCACAAUAUUCACCUAGUAGUGAUUUUUACAUUAUUGUAGAAUUGAGUUAGACAUUGAUACUUACACUAUUACACAAUCAUAACGGCACGUUAAAAAUGCUCUUAUGCAUUUUUCUUCAGUGCCAUGUACAUUAAUUAAAAUAUUAUUUCCUAAUGAUAAUCUUAGUGAGAUAAUAUAUGUGGUACACCCACUUGGGUUUGUUAGAUCGGGGGAGCUUGUUAUGAUUUGUAUAUUAAAAUAUUAUUUUUUGUGUGAAAUAAUUAUACUCGGUAUGAUUGAUUUCUUUAACAUCGAGACAAAUGAAACAUCACCAUCUAUGAUGUUUGUGUCUUUCAUUAUUUAAAGAAAUAUGGAAGAAGAAGUUUUUUCUUUUGCUUGUUUAUGCUGAUAAAAUUCGUAUAAUUAGAGAUAAUAAGACAUGAAUUUAAGCUUUCUAUCUUUUAAUAGAUAUAUUUGACACCAAAGAUUCGAGAAAAGGAUACUGUUUUCUUGUUAUUAAAGUGGCCUAGUCAGAGAAAUUUGUUUUGUUAUAAAAAUAGUAUGUCUUACAUUUAUUGGAAAAAAAAGGUCACUAGGAGUUGAACCAACUGUUUCACCCAUGGAUGUGAGUCAAAUACUUGAAAGAUAGCUUUUAUCUUAGUUGAUAAGAGCAUGUGACAACUAUCAUGCAGACCAAAUCACAUUAUUUAGCAGUGAUACGAUAAGUACUAUAACCACUUCCUUUGUAUUUAUAUACAUGGUGUUCAUUUUAAUGUAAUCCUUGCAAAGAAUUUUUAAGGUAGUUUAUACAAAAAGAGCUUAUACACGUGAAUAACAUUGUCAAUAUAUCAACAAAACAUAAAUUAUGUUGCUUCAAAUUAAUUUUACUCUAACACCCAAGUCAUACAUUUUAUAGUUCGUUAUGUGAUGAAGGACUUUUAGUGAUUAAUACUAAUGUUACCACAAGGGCUUUUCACAAAGAAUUUCAUGGGGGUGAGAUGCGUUAAUACUUAAAAUCUUUUUGAUGCCCAUCGUGCUGCUAAGUCUACUUUGACUAAAUAGCUUUUUUUAGUUAAUCCUCACUUCAGUUGUUAAUUUUUGAUUAUAAGGUAAGUUUCUUUGUUUUGUUGGACUUGAAAAUAUUUUACAACUAAUAAAGAGACCGAUGGUAGAAUGAGAUUAAUUGCUUUCAGAAACAUAUAAAGACAUUCUGUCGUGGUGAUGAAUGUGGGUAAAAGGAUGAUUGAUUAUUGGGAAAAUUAAAUUAGAGGUCCCUGAAUUAAAGAUACUGUUUUUUGGGUCACUUAACUUUUCCGUUUUUUGAUCUAAGUCCUUCUGAGAUUCUAACGACAUUAUAAUCAGAAUACUAGGAUUCUUGAUGUUCAUACGGAUCAAACAAUUUUGAAGGUGUUAGUGAUAUUCAAACUUAAAUUUUGAGUAGUCAAAUUAAAGCUGGAAUCACUAACGACACUCAUAUGACAAAGAUUUUCACAAACUAAACUAAGGUAAGACAACAACUAAGUAGUCGCAAAGUGAUAAUAGACAUAAAUAUGAUGGUGAGAGCUGGUCAACACAUUUUAUUUUAUUAAUCUUCGAUACCUUUAAGUAUUUAAAUUUUUGGAUAUUAAUGUUCCAAGGUUUUUAAUUUUUUUUUGACAAUACCUAAGAUAUGAAUAAGAAUGUAAAGGUAAUUGGUUGAGGGGAAGGGAGACCGUUUGACUAAGUUUGUUAUGAUGUAAUUUCUAAAUUUUAUUAUUUUGUAUUAUGUAUUAUCUUAUGAAUGUUUCUAAUUUCUAAUGUCAUGUAUUGCUUUUUCAACGAAGUUUCUAAAUUAUUUCUUAGUUAUAUAUAUUUUAAUAAUAUCUCUAAAGUUAUGCUCCCUUCGUCCCUCCCAUUUCUCAUCAAACGGGAUGGGCAAGGAGGACAAUGCAGUGAGUAAAAAAGUCACUUAAAUAGACAAGUGACUACACUAAACAAAAUGGUUACAGUAAUUAGUGUAGUAGGUGGGUGGGCAACUGAAACUAAACACCCACCUAUAUUUACAUUAUAUUACAAAUUUGCCUCCACUCAAUCUACUUUAACGUAUAAAGUAAAUCCAUGCUACAAUAUAUACAAACAGAAUAUUAAACGUGUGCUACUUAGUUUCAUACAGAAAAAUAUAAAGCUCUAAGAAAGGUGUGAACUUUACAUCCUUCAAAAAGCUCAAUCUACUUAGUAAUUAGUGUAGUAGGUGGGUGGGCAACUGAAACUAAACACCCACCUAUAUUUACAUUAUAUUACAAAUUUGCCUCCACUCAAUCUACUUUAACGUAUAAAGUAAAUCCAUGCUACAAUAUAUACAAACAGAAUAUUAAACGUGUGCUACUUAGUUUCAUACAGAAAAAUAUAAAGCUCUAAGAAAGGUGUGAACUUUACAUCCUUCAAAAAGGUCUGUAGAUAAUAAGAUAUGGUAUUUGAUUAUCCUUUUCUUGAUUUAAAUAUCACUCCAACCUCCCAAGAUUCUCCUCUUCCUAAUUUAAAUAUUAAUCCAUCUUUCCAAGAUGGCAUAUAAAAGAUUGAAGAAUUCAGAAAAGAAACAGAUUGCACAUAUAUUAUCAUUAAACUAUAAUAACAACUAACUCAAAUGUGGAUUGAUCAAGAUACUGGGCUCUGAUUAUGGUUUUAGUAGAAAAACAAUAUCUCAUAUAUGAAAAAGUGUCUUGAAAACAAUCAAAGAUGGUGUCCUUCCCGAUGUGGACAGAAAAUACAAGGGUGGAAAGACAAGAUACACUUUUGACUUAGAAAAGGUAAGAUGAAUUCCUCUUCACCUUAGAACUAAUAUUAGGAUGUUGGCAUGUCAAUUAAAUUCAAGUAAAUCCACUGUGCACAGACUUGUUCAAAGAGGAAAAAUUAUUCAAGUGCACUCAAACCAUUUUUAACUCUAUCAAAUAUUGAAGCAAGAGUUGGAAUUUGUGUUAAACCAUAUUGAGAAGUCUACCCUAAACACAAAUCCCACAUACGUAGAUAUGUUUCUUAUAGUUCACAUAGACGAAAAAUGGUUAUAUAUGACAAGGCAAAGUCAGAAAUAUUACCUCCUACCACAUGAACCAGAACCACAUCGAACGUGUAAGUCAAAACGAUUCAUAACAAAGGUUAUGUUUAUAAGUGCAGUAGCCAUGCCUCGAUAUAGAUGAAGAUGGGCUAUGUGUAUUUGAUGGAAAAAUAGGAAAAUUCCCUUUUCACUAUUAAUGAACCAUCAAUGAGAUCAAGUAAGAAAAUAGCUAAGAGUGUUAUGGAAGUUAAGCCCAUCGAAAGUAUUAAUAAGUUGGUUAUUAAGCAGUGUUUGAAAAAGCAGAACAUUCCUGCUAAAUGGCCAAGUUAUUCAACAAACAUAUAAUCAUUCAACAAGAUAAUGCAAGGCCACAUAUAAAGAAUGAUGACCAAAAAUUUAUCAAAGUUGCUGAAUUAGAUGGGUUCCAUAUUUCUUUGGCAAACAACCCCCCAAUAGUCCGGAUUUAAAUUAGUUGAUGCACUCGUAAGGGCUUAUGCACAAGUCACACAUACAACACUAAAAUAUGUAUGGGCUAUCUUUGAUGAAUUGUAUGACAUAGAUACGGAAAAAUGGUGGGAAUAAUAUUUACAAACUCCAUCAUAUUGGGAAGGAAAAGCUUGAGAAUUUGGGACCACUUACGAAUCAAAUUACUAUCUCUAAAGUCUUGGUGCAGAACAUUCUAAGUGGAACACAAAAUGCAGUUAUACAAGAACCAGCAACACCGAAUGCAGCUAUACAAGAACCAAUAGAUGAAUGAAACAUGAUUUUAAUGUGAUGUAAAAAUCUUUUGAUGCGUCCUAAAAUAUUUUGUACAAUUAUGCUAUGUAAUGAACAUGCUCUACUUUUGCCAUAUAACAUGUACCUGAAGUCUGCUUCCUUUACUUUCAUUUCUGCAUAUUUAAGUUGCUCUUCAGAAAGGGUAAUGCCGGUGUUGAUCAUGUUACUUCCAUCCUUCUUCAGCUAAGCCAGAUACUACAGGCAGCAAUCUGAACGUACCCGUGAUAACCUGGCCGAGAAUUUCCUUCCUAAUUAACAAUGAACACAGAAGUGAUCAACAAGAUUUAAGACUGUUGAUUAGUGUAAACUUGUCAUGUUGAAUUCCAAUUGAUUGCAUUUUCUUGAUACACAAAAGCGAGCUCCAUCCAUCACCACGACUUUUUUUUGAGUAAAUAUACCACGACUUUUUUACUUUCCAUUCCUAAAAACACCCUUUUAGCACAAUCAAUAUAACCAAACUUUGCAUACAUACAAAUAAUUGCAUUACAAAAAUAAAUACCACACAAUUCACCUUUUCCCCUUCCUUUAAAUCACACAAUUCUCCGCACGCCUUUAUAACAAACAGAAAUGCAAAGUUAUCAGCUCGAACCCCACUAAAACACACAUAUGAUAGUACAAAUCAAUCGCUUCUCGAAAAAACCCAUUAUCAGUUAACCCCCCUAUCAAAACAUUCCAAACAAAAGUGUCUGAUUUAGGCAUUUUCUCAAACAGAUAAAGUGUAGUCUCCAUAUCCCCAAAAUUAACAUGAAAAGCAAGAUUUCUUGUCAGCAAUUGAUCCUUUCGGGCAUCGAAGACAUCUACGUCAUACUGAAUCUCAAUUGAAAAAUCUAUUAGCAUUUCUUAUAAUUCCACCAUAACAUUCAAUGUUUCUUUGUAUGAUGCAAAAGACGACAUACGGCAUCUCAAUUGAAAAAUCUGGGAAGAAAAAUCUGCAAUAAACCGGUUGGGUCAUCAAACCUUAAUCACUUCGCUCUUAGUUCGCUUGUUUUUUGUUGUAAUAUGUUUUUUCUAACCUUUUCCAGCGUUUGUUCAACCACUUCAUAUCUAUCCAGAUAAUCUUCGAUUAUGUAUGUACGCAGAUCUACAGUUGGGGCUUGCAAAGAUGGAGAAGAAACAAUAUCGGAAAGGGCCGAGUCUUGUAGGAGUUGUGAUUCUAUUAAACAAGUUUAAUUGAGGAGGUAAAAGAUACAGAUGGACCAAAAAACGAAACAUAUGUAUUUUAGGGUUCAUGAAAAAUGGAUGAGGGAGAAAGACGAGAUAUUGGCGAUCAGUGUGUAAAUUGUUUUUUUUUCAAUUAAUGUAUGUGUUUAAUUAACAUGCAUGAUUAAUUAACAA